UUAUUUGAAAUUUUGCAUGUAUACCCUCAGAUAGUGUCAUUAGCUAAUGAAAUAAUUAAAUUACCCACAUCAAUAGCGAAUCAACCCGAUACCGAGAAUACAUUGAACACCCCUCGUAUCUGGGAUUCUGAAUUAGCUAGGUCUCUCUGCUCUUGCUUUCAGUUACUUGAUAUUUUGAAAAGGUACAUUAUCUCUCCUUCUUUUCAACUCCAGUAAUGUCUUGUUAUUCUUAGCCCUUUUUGCUUUAAUUUUAAGCCUAAUGAUGAUUAUUACAUUUAUGUAGUGCAAAUGCAUUUAUUUUCUAGGUUCUAGAUGGUAAUUAAAGGAAAAAAGAUCUAGAGUGGGUUCUUAAAGAUUGUUGUGAUUAUGGCCCACUUGACAGAGGAGAAGUAAACAAAGGGAAAAAUAAGGAGAGGGAGAUGAGAGGAGGAGGAGGAAUGGAAGAAAGUGUGGAAUUUAGAAGAGGUCAUGGGGUGCGGUUCAGCAUAGGAGUUAGGGUGAAUCAGAGAAGCUAAAAUAGAUAACUUCUAUUAUAGGUAAUAGAAUAAAUAUGAUAAUAGAUCAUAAUAGCAUGGAGCUAGGUAUGAUGUGAAUUAAUGACGAUUUCAUCAAAGUAUCUUCUUGAAGAAAAGGAUUAACUUCAGCCUUCCACCUGCUACAUUCCCUAUCAAACAUCCAGGUGGCGAUACCAUUUUUGAAAAUAUUCGCAAUAAGUAUGAAGACUUCUAAUAUUCUGUUUGGUUUAGCCUUGCAUUUCAUUGGGAACCUGUUUCAUCACACCCUUAUUCCUUUACUUAAACCCUGCUGACUUUGUGUUUUAAAAAAUCAGUUGUUAGUGACAAAGCUAAUGAAGUUUGAGAAGGAUUUGAUGGUAAAAUAGGAUAGAUUCCUGUUAAUAUCAGCUCUCUAAGAAUGCUGGAAUCCUAAUAACAAUAUAGUUCUGGCUCCUGUAUCACUUUUUGUACAGUACUUCUAAUCUGUAGGUUGAAAAGAAAAUAUUGUGUCAGACAGUGAUUGAGAUGGAGGAAGACAGUUGAUCAGCAUGGAGAAGUAGUGGACAACGCCUUGGGAGAAAAACAGGAAUAGGGUCAAGUAGUACAGAUGAGUCAUCCGCUGUGUCCUUCAAAAUAUUUGAAAUUAUAUUUUAUGUAUCCUGCAGUUUGUAAUGAAAUUACUUUUUACAGUACUUAUGACUUCAGGGAAGAGUAACACUGAAAACCAGUAUAAUCUCUGACCUGCAUUGGGCCUCCAAGCAACAAUGGCAAGACAGCCAAAUGACAUACAGAAUAAUAAUAGGGGGUGCAGUCAUACAUAGCUGAGCUGCGGAAGGCCAGGAGGAGAGAAUUUAUGUUGCAUGGACAAGUGGAAGAAACCUCAGUUUUUUAUGUGAUUCUCUUUAUUGUUGUGGCAAUACUUCAUACUCUUAUACCACUUUGGACCUUGUGAAAGCAGCAGUCCUCCCCUAUUUUUCUAAGUCAUAGCCCUCAAAUCUAACUUUUCAUGUGAGUUUCUUCAAUAAUUCUUUAUUGAAUAUAUUUCCGUUAAACAAAACUCUUCUAACUCUCUACUUUCUUUUCUUAUUGAUUGGGUAUCAUACAAAUCUUCUAGUGUUGAGGCUUUAAGGUACAUCAUGGUAACAUGAUGUCGAUCUGCUAUUUUUUCCCCAAUGUUAAGUUAGAAAACUAUUUUCCUUAACUUAAUUUGCAUACUUAUUUCCUGUCUUCUUGCAUAUCUUUAAUUGAAGAGUGUAACAUGCUUUCUACAGUUUUCUCACUUCAGUUCUUGAUAGUGAACUAUUGACAUUUGAUACUGAUUUUGGAAUAAGAAUCUUUCCAGCUUUUAACAUCUUGAUGUACCACAAUAGAUGGACUACCUUGUCAUAAGAUUCCUUUUGUUCAAAACAUAAAACUGAAAUUACUGCAGCUAUAUGAACUGAUGUAUCUGUGUGGUUUAUCAGAAUAGGUACUCAAAGCCAGUAACAGUUGUAGGCAUCUGCUCAGAAAUUUCCUGAACCCUUAUUCUCAAAGAACACAUGUUUGGUUGUUAAAAUUUACUUGAUUUUUUUAAAAAUGGGAAUGUUAUUUACGAAACUGUACAUUUGCUCUGAGAUAACACUUUAGCUGGGGUUUUACAAGUCAAAAAGCUAGGUAUGGCUGAAGGCAUAUGGCAUAUAAAUGUGCCCUUUUAAAGAAAUAUACGUCGCCUGUCAGACUAUUUUUUCUUUUACAUUGCUUUGUAGACAAUAUAGUGAUCAAGUUAAUGUUUUAUCAGUUUUAGUUUAAAUAAUUUAAGGAAUCAAAUACCCUACCCCACAUGGUUGUGUAACCCACUCAACCCUAUUCUCCACUUAAUCCAACUAAUAAUAAUAAUAAGAAAGGCAGGUAUGAGAGAGGAAAUAUGUAAACCAAGAAAACACGAAAAAAUUAAAAGGGAAAUUGUAGGUGAGAAGCAAAGGGAAAGUGGAGAAAACAGUGCUUUCAUACCUGAAAGAUUCAAGAGCAUAUCCUUACAUUGAUGUUAAAGUUUGAAAAGGUGGUCUAUGUGUUGCCACAUGAACAAUGACAGGAAUGUAUGUUACUCAGAAGCAUCUUCUCAAUUUGUAUGACCACUACAGCAAUUGCUUUGGGUUAGAAUUUCAUACAAUAUGGAUACCUUAGUUGGGAUGGCUUCUUCUUUCCAAUGUGUGCUAUCUUUCAUUUCAUGCUUUGAAAAGAAAAGACCAGAUUUUGUGGCCAUUUCUUAUAAAUCAGUUCCUGGGAAUAUCAUCCAAUUCAAACUUAAGCCAGUGGAAGAUCACCUAAGUUUCUGAGUAGGUGUUUGUUUAAAUGGCUUCCAAAGCAUGAUACUUUGACAAGCAGUGAACUUUGUAAAUACCUUUUAGAUUUUCACUUACUGCCACAUUAAUAGUUCAUUAAUCCCCUACAAUAUUUCUUGUUGAUCAUUUUGUUCCUGCAACAACAGCUCAAGUACCACUCAGUAACAAUUUCGCAUAUUCACUGAAUGAACUUAUCAAGAUUAAUUUAUUGGUACUUUUUGAACAUGUGGCUACAUAAUUUUGGCAAAGUUCAGACUAAUUUCGCUUCUUUAGCUUUCUGUUGUUGACUUUAGACUUGCUUAUCUUUUGAAGCUCUCAACACAGUCAUAAACAGUGUCCAAUCUGGUCCAUUCUGAGCUCAGUGUUAACAUUCUGUUUGCAGUAUUUGCUUGAUCAGGCCACAAAUACUUCUGAUUAGUAUUUUUAAAACAUAUUCUAAAGUGUCAUGCCCUUAACAACCCUGCUCAGCUCUUCCAAACACAAGGCAGUGGCUUCCUUUAUGGAAUCAAUCCAUCUCAUAGUUGGUGUUGCUCUUUUUCUUCUGCCAUCAACUUUCCCUAGAAUUAUCGUCUUCUUCACUGAGUCUUGACCUUUCAUGAGAUGCCCAAUGUUCAGUUUCAUCAUUUUGCCUUAUAUAUUUGUAUUUAUAUGCUUAGAAUUUACUGGCAAUCUUUCAGCCAGAGAUCCCCUUGCUGUUUCUUCCCUGACUAAUACCAAUAUAUGGGCGAAACAUAUGCUUAUUGUUCCUUCCUCAACAUAUUUUUUAGGGAUUUGUAAAUACAACCUUUUAAUAACAUGUGUUCUCUGAAAACUUUACAGACACUGUGAAACAUUUAGAAGCCAACAUAUUGCAUGCUUCCAUAAACAAAGCAAAACACAGAUGUCUUGUUUUGGAACCAUUGAAUUUAAUGAUGUGGCACACACUGAUUUCCAUAGGCUUUGGAUCAGGACCAUGAAAAAGGUCAUGUACAAGUUUUGGGGUUGCAAAUUGAUUUAAACAAAUGAUUCUACAGACAGAAGCAGGGCCAAAAAAAUUAAUGGAUCAUGUUGAUGUCAAAAAUUGUGCCCAAGGUGUCUGAGCUGCUAUUCAGAAGCAGAGGUAUUUAGUAACUGUGAAAACUUAAUGUUGCUUUACAUCUAUAAUAUGAACCUGUAGGUGCUUUAUAAAACAAAGGGAAUAUGACUACUUGCUGAUCAGGAAAUACAUUUUGUUCAGGCAAUAUAUAUCCUGAUCUUUUGUAUUUAAAUACUUCAUAUAGAGAUACAUCCCACUGCCCAUUAAUCACAGAGCAGAAAAUGAAAGGGAAAAGGGUGUAUGUUGGUUUAAUAUAUUGGAACUCGUUUGUUGACAAAAAUCCUAACCAAUUUUAAAAGCAAGCUGCUUUUCUGUUACUUGCUCUCUUAUUUUUAAUUUAUUGUUAUGUCAAGUGGUCUCCUUCUGUAUGUGUACAGUGUUUAAAUCUCUCUUCCCCCUGUCCCCUCUGUGUAUGCUUACUAUUUGGGACUGGCCAUUAUUUUCCUGCACUUUCCUACCAUUAUUUGCUUGUAGCACCUGCUUGAAUAGAUUUUGCAAGUUACUAUUAAAUUAAAUAAAUCACAUAUUAUCUCCUUUAUUAAGUCAAGAUAGCCAUUUAAAAAUUGGAGCAUGAAGCUGCAGAUAUCUGGCUAAGAUUAGUAUUGCAAAAUAUAUUAAGAGUGCUUUCUAUGAAGGAAGAUUAAUGUAAACACUUUCCAAGUCUUUGGAAUGCUGCAUUUAUUAUAAUCACCUGGUUUCUACAAGCAAAGCACAGCAUUUAGGGAAAAGUGAAAACUAUCAAUGAAACUCAGACCUGUAAUGAAAAUAUGUAUUGUAUACAUCUGUAGCAUAGAUGAUGGGGCUUGUGUGCUGUGUGCUUCCUAUCUACUUUUAUCCCUCUGAUGUGUGAUGUUUUUGCCAGAUUAGAAGCAUUAGUGCCCUCUAUUGUUCAUUAGAGGACUGCAAAUAUUUUUUAAGGAUUAUGCAUUACUGUGUACUAUCAGGCCUAUUACCCAAACAAAAAUGCUUACCCAAUUAUCCUACUUAGUAAGUACCGGGAAGAAUGCACUUGCUUUUUCUGUGUAAUUUCAAAGAAAUGCAGUAGUUGCAGUUGUGGAAGAUAUGCUGAUGAAUAAUGUUCAUCUGCAAUUUCUGCAAUGCUCAUUCUUGGAGGAGCAUCUUAUUUACAAUCACAGUAUACUUACAGAAAAAUGAAUUAAGAACAGAAUUAAUCUUUCCUUACAUUUCUAUUUGGCUUUCCUUAUUUGCUGGCAUAUCUGAAAUAUGUAAUAGCAGUAACUUUGCAGAAGAACAAUAGAAAAAUAUAUUGUGGCUCGGCUUUGCUUUUUAACUACACUGAAACUGAAUGCAAGAAUGACAACUUCAUUCAAGCAGAUCAUUUGAAGUUACAUUAAACAGCUGCUGUUAAACAACUGACAACAAAGGAGAUCAUUUUGAUCUCAACAGCACUGAGACUCAAGCAGCAUGCUUCCUUAGUGAUGUUAUGAGAAACACAUUCGUGCAUUUGUAUACCAACAGACAGCAUAUUCCCCACUGUGCUUGUUGCCAAACACUGAUUUUUUUCUUUUUUCUUUAAUGAUCACUUUGUAUUCAGUCAGGGAUCCAAAAAACCCAAAUCCAGCUAGACAAAUGCAGACCAGCUUAGUUGAAGCAGCUUUAACAGGUGCCAUCAGUGCAGACUUGUUGAACCAGAAAGACAACACAAACAAAUAUGUAGCAUUGGUCAAUAAGGGUAGGAUUUGCCCCAUUGCACAUGAUGGCAUUCAGUUGUAAAACUAUCAUCCACCACCAAAGAGAGAAAGAGAGACAAAAUGGGAUGUUUGUGAAAGGAAGAAAAAUGUGAUAACUUGAUGGUAUUAAUUAAGCAAAACCUGUCGAGCAAGCAUAUCUGCUAAGAAAUAACUAUUCAUGACUAUUUUCCUUCCCAUGCUGGCUAUAGUUAGUUAAGGGUGAAUUUCAAUUGUCUGGCAGCUUUUGCAAAGAGCAACCUGUAGAAUCCCUGUGGAAUGAAUGGCUUUAAGGCACAAUGGCAUCCUGCUACCCUUUUUCUAGCAACAAGAGGCAUCUUCAAAGCAUUGUGACAUCAAAGUCUUUUUUUGACUAGGAAAUCCAGAACCUACACUUCAUUUAUUGCAAAAGUUGCUGGAUGAUGAAAAAGAAAUGGUUAUCUGACUGAAAUUAUGAGAAAUUAAAAUACAGGUACAGGCAAUAAGGCAAGCCUUUGUCUUGUGCUCAUUUACAGGAUGCUUCACUGCAUCCCUUCACAAGUAUCACAUAAUGUACUUGUUUCACAAUUUACCAUAAUUUGUUCUGUCGCUCCUACUUUGGUUUCUUAUGUGACAUUCCUCUCUUCAAAAUCUGUCUGUUCUUUUCACUAUUCUGUUCCAAAAUACUAGGGACACAUCUUCUGCAGAGAUAAAAGCAAUAAGGAACUUUAUCUCAGAAGCCCAUUACCUUCCUUAAUUGGACUAUCAACAUAUUUCUUUAUGUUGCCAAGAUGUUCGCCAAGUCAGGAAGACUCAGAGUAGGCAUCACCUAAAAAUCAUACAAUUUUCCCCAAAUUAAGACAGUAAAAUAUAAUCUCUCUGUAACACUAUUGAGUUAUUGCACCUUUUCUCAGUAUAACAUACUCUUUGUGUUAUCUGAUAUCUGAACAAAUUGGGAGGGUUCUGAAUGGCCUUUGAGUGGAAUCCCCCUCCCCCCGGUCAAAGUUCACUAUGAAUGACUCCUGUCAUUUGAAUUCAGAAUGCAAAGACAUUUUCUUAAUUCUUCCUCAUAUAUCUUGGUAUGAUGUGUGGCAAGUAUAUAGACAGUCUGCAUAAUUAAUUCAAGAUUUUCUGAAAGGAAAUUGGCAGAAAGUAGGUUACUAUAGAAACAAUAACUGGAGUUAGUUUCUUUGGGCAGUAUCCACGGCUUUUGCACCAUGGGAGGCUACCAUAUUCUAAAGCAACUUGAAAUGAGCCAGAAUGCUUGUUUCGAGAAAGGAAUAGGUCAGUAGAACUCUCAGAAGGAAGCUUCACAUUUUGGCUACUUUCUGGAGUUGCCCUAGGUCUGCAUAUAAAGUACACAUCCUAGUAAUUUUUUUAGUAAAAGACUUUCAGAGAAUAGGCCUUGCAUGAACAACUGCUGUUAAUCAUGAUCUGGUAUUUAGGAACAGUGAGAUUUAUUUUUCACCAAUUUUGGAUAAGAGCAUAUACUUUUGGCUAAGUCUUAUACUAUUUACUUAUUUAUGUGUAUAUGUUUGUGUAAGUUUCGAAACAAUAUAGAGCUCGUCCAUGAAACAUACUAUUCUUUAUUUUGGUAUUUGAUCCUCUUAAUGAAAAAUACUUCCAUUUGGGUUUAAUUAGUCUCAUUGAAUGGAAUUGAACGGGCUUAAAUCCAAGAUUUUCAUCUUAACAGGAUUGUGGAUUGGGCUUUAUGAAGGUCAAAAGCUUCUACACUCUCACCAGCAAACAUUUGUCUAAUAUAAAUUGUCAUGUGCUUGCUUCUUAUGCUCUAGACAAACAUGGCAACAACCCUGAAUAUAACAAUAUAGCUAAAGGCAGGAACUGGGUGAUUGAUUCUUCCUUAAUUUUCAGUCCUCAGUGUUAAGACCCUAGUAGCAGGUUCUACUUUUACAUUAACCAAUAAUUCAAGAAGGAUUUAAAAUGGAAUUUUGUGCUUCAGUGCUAAGAGUUCAAUAGUGAAGUAUUCAGAAUUAAUAAGCAAUUUCAUUUAAUAAGUAUAAUAGUUAAAUAGGUUUGGAAACAACCCCCAGAUUCUGCAACUGAUUGUUGGAUGUCUGAAAAUGCAGCGCACAAUUGUGGCCAAUUGGUUGUAUUAAAGGGAAUGGAAUUUAUGGGCAUUUCUAGAAGAAGGAAGGAAAGGAAAGGGAAAUAUGUAUACUGUUUUAAAGUUUUUAUGAGUUCAGUUUGCAGAGCUCUACUGAAUCUGAAAAAUCAAAGCCUGUAUAUUUUUAUACUUAUGUGUUACACUGAAAAGUUAUUAAAUAGAUUGUUAUACUACUUACUGUUAAAAUAAAUAGUUACAAGGGGUAGAUGUAUUAAUCUUACAUUAGUUUAUUUUGUAUGUGUGAAGGAAAGAAUGAAUGAAUGGAUAUAGUUGCUGAAAUACAUUAUUAUUAUUAUUAUUAUUAUUAUUAUUAUUAUUAUUAUUAUAACAUUUCUAUGCCGCCCCUUGCCGAAACCUCGGGGCGGCUUACAACAUGAUAAAAUACAUUGAAAUACAAUAGUACAUAAUAAAUUACCAUUAAAUAUAACAAUACAAAAAAUACAUUGAUUUACAUACACACUCCUGUUCAUAUAUUUAAGGCUAGGAGUCAGGAACAAGCUGUAAGUUAUAUUAAUAGCAUAGUGUACAACACUUUUCUGUUAUUCUUCCCUCUAAAUUAAGUGUGUGAUUCCUUGCUUUGAUUUGGACCAUUCUAUGCAUAGAGGGAAGCUUAACCAUUUCUCUAGCUGCUUUUUCCUGAAAUCACUACCCAAUCCCCUCACAGGAGUUAAAAAAGCACAUCUGUGAGAGGAAACGGGAAGGGGAAAGUUCCAGAAUGGAGACUGCAACUGAGAAGUUCAUUGACAAAUAUGGAACAUGGCUCUGUUGCCCUAAACCAGGUAGAGCAUGGUAGUACGACACUGACAAGGAUAUUUACAACAGGAAUUCAUAGCUAAAUUUAGACUUGCAAAAGACCACGGAUUAUAAAGAAUGCAUUUGUGCAAAUGUAAAACCCCCCAAAAUAUUAGAAAAAUGAAACAUAAUUCCAUUUGCACAAAUUGCCAUGCCCAUUAAAAACUCAAUCUGACUUGUUACAUAUUGAAGCCAUGCCAUCAGACAGAAUGCCACAAAAUCUGCCAGGGUCAAACUGCUUCACUCCCAAAAUGGAAUUUUUCAAACACCCCUAUUUUAAACUCCAAUUCCUGAUCAUAUGUAAGGAUAUGCCUGGAAUCAGAGAAAGCAAAACUAUAUCUUGUUUAAGUCAUCCUUCCAGGCAUGCAGGAAGAUGGGAAGGAAGCACACAAACUCAAAAAUCUACUUGGGUGCACAGAGCCUUGUACUUUUAACUUGGCUUAAUGUUAUGUCUGAAUCAGGCCAGUGCUGUGCACUGUUCUUGAACUGAUUAAAAGAUGAUUGAUGUACUAUUGAUUUUGCAAAUAAAACAUCAGUAAUCAUAUCCCUUAAAAUUAGAGGUAAAGGGAAAGGUAGGGAAGGUCAUUUUUUAAAUUUCUGUUUCUAAAUAAUGCCUUUCAGCCAGUUCCAUGCAGUGGUUAUUUGUUCCCUAAUGCCAGAAUUUCUGCAGAUAUGUGAAAUUCUGGAGAGGUUAUGAGAAAACCUUUGCCUGCCUGACUUGACACCUGUAUUGCAUAUACUGCCAACUGUGAUAAAUGGAACAGAAAUAUAAACACUUGAACAGAAGUUGAAGGCUGGAGAGAGAAACACAAAAGGAUUAAUUCUUUAUCACAGAAGGAGAGCAAAACAAAUCGGUCUUAAAGCAAACAAACUAGAAUGACAUCUUUAAAACUGUGAAGUACAGAGGCUAUAGUAGCAAUAAGCCAGCAAGAACAACAGAUGGAGGAUGCUCAUAACCAAAGACUGGAAAACAUGGUACAUCACACAUAUUGCUAAAGAAAAGGAUGUCAUUUUCAACUAGCCUUCUUACCAAGAUGCAUUUGUGUAUGAUGUCCUUCAUGUUACCAUAAUUCAAAUUACUCGUAUUUGUUUGUUUUUAGUUUCUUUUUGUCAGAACAAACAAACCCCUUUGGUUCAGGAUUUGCCUUCCGUGACAGAAAAGACCUUGGAGGAAGCUUCUGGAAGUGUUGCUUUGGAGUUUUGGAGAUAGGCACUUUCUCCAUACCGCAGUUCAGCCAUUCAACAGAAUUGUCUGACUCUGGGUAAUUUUUUUUUACCAGGGCUGAAAGAUUUGCUGUAGGAAGGGUGAAGAGGAGAAGUCCACCUAUCAAUGCAGUUGAUCAUGCUUAAAUCUCUGUCCAUCCUUAGAUAGGAAAAUGUCUGGGACUUCAACUCAGUGUUUUCAACCUGUAUGAAACUGCAGAUAAGGAAUUUUAGACCAGGACUAAGCAUGAUCUUGGUCAAGAAUGUAAUAAUUUAAGCUUCUCCAACUGCAACAAAGAGGUCUGUUUGCUAUAUUCACUGUUGUUUUUAAAGAGAAGAAAGGACGUAGAGCUAUGUGGACCCUUGAGAUGCUCUAAGAGUGUUUCUCUAACUUUAAAUUUUCAAGGAACUUGUUCUUCAUCCAUUUGCUUGCCAAGUGAUCACUGUGCAUUGGGUUUAUGGGAAUGUUCUAAAUUACAGCUAAGUUCACAGGUAACCCUAGCUGGGUUCCCUGGAUAUUGCCUCUGCCCCAUGUAAAUAGAGUACAGGGUAGAGUACUCCCAGCACCAUUCUGGAGUACUCUCCUGCAGUUGUAUUAAUAGACCAGUGCAAGCAGUCAUUUUAUGCACAAUUAUGAUCAGAAUGUUCAACUGGUAUUUGGGAAACCUAGGUUCUAGUUUCCACUCAGCCAUGAAACUUAUUGGACUAGUUAGGAAUAGUCAUGGAUUCUCUCAGCCUAGUGGAUGCACUCAGAGUUGUUGUGAGGGUAAAAGGAGAACCUUGAAAGGCAGCUUGAGUUCCUUGCAAGAGGAAAAUGAAGGGUAUCAUCAUCUCCAACAUCAUCAUGUUUCUGAGAUGUCCAGCUUGCCCCUGAAUGUAGUGUUACCAGAAUAUCAGAGGAAAUAUCAGAAUGUAGGGUUUAUCUGUAUCAAUUCCACUGCUAGUUCAAAUAUUAUAAAACCUUUGUCCUAUCAGAAACAUAGGCACCUCUUUUCAGAUCUCUGGAAACAAAGUGUACAUGUUACAGACAUGACCAGAGGGGGAAAUGGGGCAGGAUGUUCCUACUCCCCCCUCCAUAGAUUUAUUUCUGUACAAGGGGAAUUUCUGAAUUGGUGCUGAUGGCUUCUGAAAGAGUAACAGGAGACAGUCCAUGAUUACCUUUAGGAGGCUUCUGACAGACUUAGUUAAUCUCUAAUUAUCACCUCUGAUCUGAUUUAUUAGGGUUACUUGGGUGGUAUGACACAAACAGCAUAACUAGUCAACGCUACUAUAAUGCCACUGGGAAACAGAAACCAGGUUUAUGGUAAUGACAUGGUAAAGAGGCUAUUCUUGUCAUCAGAUCACAUUUGUCAGAUUUGCUUAUGGUUACAGUUCUCCCCAUAGACAUUCUUUGAUUUCAGAAAACUGAUUCUGUUGCAUUCGACUCAGAGAACCCAGGAUGAUAAUAUAUAUAAAGCUAGCACAAGGCUGAAACAUUUGGAUAGCAGGCUGAAUAGAACUCCUAGUCUGUGUUUUAGCUAGUAUAAGUCUCAUAACACAAAGUUGAGCUGGAGAUUUCAUCCAAUGCCUGACAGGUAUCAGUUUUAACUUACCAGUGGAAGAUAUUAAUUUUAAAGGAAUUAGUCUGAAAUUUUCUCACACAGCAGUGAAAUGACACAGUCAUCAGAACUGACUUCUAAGUGUUAUUUGAUUUUUUAAAAAAAGUAUAGCAAAUACAGCAAAACUAUUGCAGGUUUAGCUAUUUUCUAUAUGUGAAUUGCAUGUAAAAGGGCCCUACUCUAACAGAGCCAACAGAAGGCUGGGGGUGGAAAUCAAUUUACUAGAAACUGGGUUGAAGUUUUCAUAUAUAUGUUUGAGUUUAGUACUUUAAAACAACAAUGGUGGUUUUCUUUUUAAUUUUCUUUCCUCAGGGAAAACAGUGCUGAAUAUUUUUUUUUUUCACCCCAGUGGCAUGUGACUGUUCCAAGGGCUGUGGGUUUGGGUUUUCUUUUUCUUUUUCGGUAGAGACAGGUGUUUAUGUGACAGCAUUCCCCACAAGAUCUUGGGGGCUUCAGUGGAAAGUGUUGCACUGCUGAAUGGUAAGGCUGUUCUUUUGUAAGGCUUAGAAAUCUCUGUUGUCCAGAAUUGUACAGAUAAGACAAACCCAUUUGCUUCAUUGUCAGGCAGUUCAGCUGAAUAGAAAUGCAAAUGUGACAUAAGGGGGCUAGGCAGGAGUAGGGGGAAGACUUGUGCUGCUACUUUCUCUAACAGGCAUUCUGCUUGUAAGAAAAUUCCCACACAUGCCAGGAUUUUUAAAAUUAGCUACAGGUUAAAUAAAGGUUCUCUGAAGGAAAAACAUCUCUCUCUUACAAGAUGCCUUGAUUUUUAUGUGGCAUCAGUUCUGUCUCCCUAUCAAUUGCUACAUGAAUUGUCCUGACCAAAUUGGGAGCAUCAGUUCUCCAUUGUAUUUUUAAAACAGGUUUUUUUAACACUGAUUUGGCCCUUUCAUUGUUUGCCUUUCAUUCUUUAAGCAGCAGACAUAAAGACAGAAUUGUAGCCAGAUCUCUCUCUCUCUCUCUCUCUCUCUCUCUCUCUCUCUCUCUCUCUCUGUGUGUGUGUGUGUGUGUGUGUGUGUGUGUGUGUUACUGUCCAGGUCAGGUCUAUUAACCACAGAAUAAUAGCAAGACAGUGAUCUAAGGAGGAGUUCUUCAGCUGGGACAGACUAACCUAACUGAGGUCAGAAGCCAGACCUCUGCACUUCCAAGAUUUGCAAGUAUGUCUACAGGGAAAAUAAAGGAACUGUGCUGUGUAAGCCAAGAGAAAGGCAAGGCAGCCUUUUCAUCUUGAAUCUCAACCUUUUCAGUAGCUAAAGGCAAAAAAAAAAAGAAUAAUAAAAAAAUCUUAAUUUGCUUUAAGUACUUAACUCCCUCUAGAAACUCUUGAUUCAAUUACUUCUUUCAAGAUACAAUAUAGAAGGGAAUACUGCAUUCAAACUAAGAAUUUACUUUAAAAUUAUACUGUAAAAUCAUGACUAAUUUAUUACUUAGGAAAGACUUCAACAUUUUCUAUAAAAGGUCUCAAAAAGAAAUUGACAAGGAAACUUUAAAAAGAAUAAAUAGUCUCAUUGUUAUUUAUUUACUUGUUAGUCAGUUAUUUGUUCUUCCAAACAGCUGAAGGCAGUAUACACAAUCCUUUUCACCUGUUUAUCGUCAUAACAGCCCUUUGAGCAGGUUAGCUUGAGAGUCAGUGAUUGUCCCCAAGUUACCCAGUUACCUUCUUGACUGGGGGUGGGGGCACGACUAGAACCCCUAAGUUACCCAUAUCUCCCAAAUCCCAGUCCAAGGCCCUAACCAAUCAAAUGGAAAGAUGCUUCACAUUGUGUUUAGUACUGUCUGCAUAGCUUCUGUAUUACUGUCAGUACAUCUGUUAAGCAAAUCCUGAAGUUUGAGCUGGAAUAUGAUUGCUUGGGCCAUAGAAUGUAUGUCCAGCACAAAACAUGUAUAAAAAUUACACAAGAUUAAAAAUCUUGGGGAAAAAAUGGCAUUUUUUGGCUCCAGAAUGCUAGCAUGUGAGCCUGCCUGGAGAGAGUAUUGUGCAGUCACCACUGAGGCAGAGAGAACAGAGCAGAGAGAACCUGGUCUAUGAGUAAAGAGCUAGAAGAAAGACUCCAAGGAAACUGUGAAGCCAGCAAAUGUCUAGGAGAAUAUUGAAUGCUUAUAUACAUGCUGUCAACAACCUCUCAUCCUGGAGGGGCUGGAACUUUCUCUCCUCCUGGGUAGACCCAAAACAAAAGUAUCUUCUGGUAGCCAGGCAUGUGCUUCAAGGUCAAAACCGAGUUUCCUACCUGGACCACUGUUACUAGUGUACUGAAUCAGGAACCAAAGCAGAGCUUGAAAUGGAAUUGAAUGGAUUCUUUGGGAUUUCUUUGUGAUGGGACUCCUUAGGUCUUCUGUGAAACAGAAUACCAAUACAAAUCCUUCUGAUCCGAAACACUUUGUUUUGGCUUAGGGAUUCCAACACGGAAUGGUUCCAGCCACCAUGGUCAACAGUUUGAGAUAAUAGGACUUAUAGGCUAAGAGAAGGGCCUUUCAGGAGAAGGGCCUUUCUCAUAUGUCAAGCUGCUGUACCUUAAAUGUUAGGUCUUGUUUGUAAAACGUAUGAGCAGCCCAUCAGGUACUCCAGCUACAAGUGGUAAAUGGGUUGCAAAGGUGAAAAGCAGCAUUUUGUAUUAAGCUCAGGAUAAGCUGGGAUGCAACUGGUAAGGAUCAAGUAAUUUGAUAAUAAUGCCCAGAUCCAUCUGCUGUGUGUGUGUGUGUGUGUGUGUGUGUGUGUGUGUGUAAGCUCCUAAACUAGUUUUCAAGGCUACUCUUAGUCCAGAAAUAUAUGCAAAGUAUUCAUGUAGCUAAUGCUUUCAAAGGCAGUUAUUCAGUGCCUUACCUUUUUCCAGUUGAAACAAACUAUUUAUAUUUUCGAGAUUAAGAGUAAAGGCCAAACAGCGCACAUCCCAGGCAGACAUUGGUUUAAUGUUAAAAGUUAUGCAUUGAGUAUGCUGAUACAGAUUUUUAAGGAUCAAGACGUAAAAUGCACUCUAUGGGUGAGUGUUACUUUCUUUUAUAGGGCUACUCUCUGUAAAUGAGGAACUGCCCUGGACUUCAGACUUUUCUAUCAAUGCAGCUUCUACCUUUGACUGCCAGUGAAUCAGGAUUUUUUUUUAUUUGAGGUGCUGAGUCACUCCUUAGUGUCAGUGUGAAAUGAAGAGAUUCCAACAUUUCACAUGAAAGUAUUAUUUAAAAUCACAGAAAACACAGUGCUUCUGUCUUUGACUGACAUGUUUGGAAAAUUGAGGUAUGUCACAACAGGUUUUUUGUUUUUUUUUUUAAAUUCUUUGCACCGUAUGCUAUGUGCUUCCAUCUUGGACAUGUGGCAUCAAACAACAUUCUGUCACUGCACUAUGCAAAACAAACCCAGAAAAAUUCCCUUAACUGUUUUCGAAGGUUUUCUUUGAAAAAAAACAAAGCCAAUGAAAAUUAUCUGUGAAAGGCCUGAGUGAUAAUAUUUAAUUUGCACCAAAAUCAGGAAGAUUUUCUUGUGCUAAGAACAAAUAACAUGGCUCUGCAAGUUCUUUGUAUGUCGUGUAUCACUAUUUCAGUUGGAUAGAAUUACCAUGUAGGUAUUUUAAACGUUUCAAGUCAAAGAUUCUGUUAUUUCUACUUAUGCAUAAACACUUAUGUGCUUAUUAAGUCUUGAGCUUUGUAUGCAUACCAGAAAAGUAUCAGCUUGUCUUUAAGCACUAUCCCAAAUAACCAAGGGCUUCCAUUUAAUAGUUCUAAAAUGUAUUGUGGAGGGAACUCAAGCCCAAAGGUAUAUGAUAACAAAAAUUUAAGAGGACCCAGUUUUGAUUAAGGCAAUCAGCUAUAUAACAUAGGGUUAACAUUUUAGUAUUAGUUGUUGCUUAAGAAUGCCUGUUGGAAGUCAUGACUGCUUCUAGAGUGUUAAUCCAUCAGUGGUAGUAUCUCAUUUGCAGAGAUAAGUAGUAGGCAAUCUUUAUUGAGGCAACCUUGACCUAGGAGGCAACCUUUAUCUCUCUCCCAGCUCCUAGCACCACCUUCUCCUCCGUUCCAGAGACACCCCCAACCUUCCAGCAAAGUUUUCCCAGGGACAUAGUAGGCUGCAGAUAAAAAAGGGUCUUAAGAAAAUUGCCUUCUAUGAAUUAUGUGAAGAGGGCUCUUCCUCUGGAUCAGAAGAUUGGUCUAUGCAUCCAUUGAAAGCAAAUUCUGGAUCAGGGUUUUACACUACUCUGGAGUUUUCCAAAAGCAGCAUGUUUUUUAUUUUAGCCUUUGUUUACUGAGUCAAUUUUAAAGUCAUGUUUACUUGUAUUCAUAAUAAAGGAAUCUAGUAACAUUAGUAUAUCUUCUCAUAAGUCACAUAAAGCUAUUUCUAUUGGUAUGGGAGGUGAGGGAGAAUACUAACUUUUAGAAAUCUAUUUUGCAUAAUUAAAAUGAUAGAAAAUAUGAAUUACUUAUGGCAAGAAGUUUUAUUUAUGUAUCAUUGAUUGUUGAUUGGCAUUGAAUAAUUGAACAUGGUAACUGGCUGAUCAAUAGAAAUGAGCAAUAAUGGAAAGGCCUAGCCACAGAAAGAUCACAUUAGGGUUAUACUUUCUCAUUCAAUCAUCUUUCAAAACAUAACCAUAUAUAUGAGAUUAUCCACAAAUAAGCAUGAAUAUUUUAUGAAAAAUAGCAUUAUAAAUACCAUUUUUGUUCAAAAUCUCAAAAUCCUGAUCUAAAAUAAACUGUAUUCUUUUAAAAAAAAAAGUGACAUGAUUGAAAGACUGUAAGGAAGUGAAAGUAGGUUUUUUGAUAUUGUUCUAUGAAUUUCCCAAAUAAUGUCUUAUACUUGAAAUCUCUGUGGUCAUAAUUUUGUUUUGAAAAGUAAAAUCCUAAAAUAACUUAAAUUUCUAUGUUCAGGAUUUUUGAGGAUUAAGUGACCCUGAUUCAAAAUAUGCUGUUCUGCCAACUCAUGUUCAGUUGAUCAAGAGACAGACAAGGUCUGACAUAAUCUGUAUGGGUGGCUUAAACCAAAACAGUAAAUACAGUACAAACCACAGGGUUGGAAGCUUUUCCUUUAGAUCUUUUUUCCUCUAUUUUUGCUUUUGUGUUGUAAUACAAAUACAGUAGGACUUCUCUUAUCUUCUCAUUAAAGAAUUAGAAAAAUUCUAUUACCAUUAAUUCUAUUUCUAUUACUAUUAGCCACAGCAACAACAUGGAACCUUAAGAGACAACAUACCCAAAAAUAUUUGAAAGAUAUUUAAGACGAGUUUAAGCUUUAUGCACUGCUUGCAAACAUAUAUGAGGCACCUGGCUGGUCACUGUUGGAGAUAAGAUAGUGGACUAAAUGGAUCCCUGGACAAAUCCAGCAGGACUCUUUAAUGAUCUUGUACCACUAAUUAGAGCAGCUACCUAACUGCAGAUUAAUUGUAUGUAAUAAAGGAUUUUAAGGUAAUCAUAUGGCCAGUUCAGACAUUGAUAAGUUUAUGUAAGCAGUUUUUAAACAUUGUUUAAAGCUGGCAUUUAAUUUUUAAAAUAAAAAAACCCACAACGUUCAACAUAUGGCAACCCAGGGGGUACAGACCACUUGUUUCUAUUAUAAUUCUAAGACUAUAGUAUAAUCUGUGCAACAUUUAUGCAGAUCAAUUACACCUGAUUUCCAUUGUAAUUCCUACCCUCACGCACACCUCUGACAGUGGAAAUAUCGUGAAGAUCAGGGGAAUUAAAAGUAUUUAUGAGCCUUUCAUGACCACAAUUGCACAUAAAAUGUAUUUAAGAUCCUUUCAUGCACAUAAAACUAUGCACUACUAAUGAAGAGUACAUGUGGUCAUGAGAUUCACAUUCACCAUCAGUGCAAUCAAAGAACCAUCUCAUUUAAUGGGCAGUAUAGAAAUCAAAUAAUAAACAUACAAACAAAAGUGCUGGUCAAUCUAGCCAUUACACUGGGUCAUUUGUAUUCCAUAUAAAUUAUAGUUGGCCAAAAGCCUUGCCUUGAAACUUCAUCUGAACACUGAUAAAAUAAUGCUUAGCCCUGCAUUUAUCAGAAUGUGUUGUCAAUUAAUAAAAACUGAAAUUUAACUAAAGAAAAAUGGAAGCUCCUCAUGUUAACAAGUCAACCUGGAAGGGAAAAUGAAUGUAUCUCAGUAAGAGGUACGGGGGUGGGUGGAUGGCAAUAUUUAUUGCAGCUGAAAUUUGAAAUGCGACUAUCAUAUGCUUCCCCUCUAUAAGCAGUACUACUUUAUUAAAGAGUUGUUUUUGAAACGUGCCUCUGAUGUCAAACCAUCUGAAAAGGAUUCUGUAGUAAGGCUCCUUUCUUUAGUGCAUGGACAAUCAUGCUGCAUUCAGCAAUUCAACACACUCUGACUGCUUGUUAAUCAGGAGACAUGAAAAGAACAAAGAAAAAUUAAGAUGUUACAAAAUGUUGUUAUUAAGAAUUAUAUUCUACAUUUGGAUUUCAACUCAUGAAAGAGGAUCAUUAGAUGACACAGAGCUUAAUACUUGGAACUGAGAGAAGAAAGUGGUUGAAUGUGUUCCAGUUUGAUCCUGGUCACUAGGCUUACUGGGAAAUGCGAAUAAUGUGUUUGUAUGCAGUUUAAAUACAUGUUCUGUAAAUCUUUUCAGUUGCCCAUUCCCUGGGUGUCGCAAUAGAUUAAGUCACUAUGUGAUGAUAUGACACCGCCAUCACUCGUCUUUCUGGGAUAUUGCUAGAGGCAACAACAAACCUGUGUCUUUGGCACAUGUGAAGAAAUUUAGUGCUUCAGGGGUUAAAUUACACAAGCCCCCCUGUGGAUCAGCUUAUGCUUGGACAGUAAUAAUUGCAAUAACAUUAAUAAUAAAAAUGCCAGAGAAAACUGAAUAGAGAAAGAAAGAAAAGAAAGAUGGGCAAAGGUAUUCAGGGGGGGAAAACCCUGGCAGGCUGCAAAUGAGGAGGUUUGCAUGGCAGGUGUGUCAGCUAGAAGUGAGCUUUCAUAGGCUGCUGCAAAUGUACAUAUAUCAAUCCACAUUACUGUGCUUUGGAAAUAGUUUGUGUGCGUGUGUGCAUGUGCGCAUACACGUGCACCUGUAUGUGUGUGCGCGCGUGCGUGCUUUUGCUUCAGGCUGUGAUAUCCUAGGGCAGCUAACAUGCAAUUCGUGUUAGUUCAUGGUAAAGAUGAUUGGCAUUUUCACUGGGGAUACAUUUGAACUCCAUCGUUUUUUCUCUUUUUAGUGCCUUGAGCCUCAAAUUAGAGGGCUUUAAGAGAACCAUCUGAUCUUGUCCCACACUUGGUCAGACUUGAAAUCCUACUGUUGUUUCAGGAUAGCUGUUGAUGCUCACUUGUGUUUUAACAUAUAUUUUCCUAAUUCAGUGCAGAUUUAAACAGUUUAGUUUAGGUAAAAGACAAGUAUUGAACAAUUGCUUUGCAUUUGAGCACUGUGUUUCAAGAAUAUAUGGUAAUUCUAAAUCAAAAUAAUGUGGUGACUGUUUCUGGAAGAUGUGUUAUAGCCCCAAUGAGGAGGAGCAAUUCAUUGCGAGGAAAAUAAAGCAAUAAGAAUUUGUACCAUCCAGAGUUGAUGUUUAUCAUAAUAAUAUUCUAGUUUGAAAAGCCUGAUUUGCUCUUUCUAUACGAAUAUUUUAAGUAUGAUUAUCAUAAUAUCAUAGUGACUGAGAUUGUCCAAAAUGCAAUGCUGACCUUGAAUGUACUUUUCUAUUUAGCAUAGGGUGCUUUAACAUUCAGGAAACAACAUACCUUCAACCCACUUAUGAAUGUACAAUCUGAAAAUGUUAACUCUUGCUCUGUGAUACAUGUCAUACACAUUCUUGAAAUCUUUCACUAUCCCAUGGAAUAGCAUGUGGUAUUUUACCAGUGUAAAUAUGGAUAAGAUUUUUCAAGAUUUCUGCUGGGAAUACUCCAUAACUAAAGUAAGGUUUCCCUUGGUGCUCCCCUAGUUUACAAUUUAAUUUUUACUGACAUUCCACCAGUCAUAUUAUUAGCUUCACAAAAUGAAAGUGAAAUAAUCCUGUAUUAAUUAAACAGAGUGACUGAAUUCCCUCAGUCAUCUUCUCCUUGGCUUUCUAAGACAGUAACACUGUGUGGUUCUCUGAGGAAACAUGUGGUAUGAAAAGAAUUUGAUGUACUAGGGGAGGGUAAAAAAUACUUUUUUCUCCUCCUCUUUUUUAUUUUAUAGAAGUAAAACCUUCCCCCCUGAGAGAUUUUAAGGUGAAGAGAAAAAAAAGUCGCUUUCUAGUAGUAUGAAGAGGUUCUGUACUAUUCCAAAGUACAAAUUGAAAUAGUAGUGACGAGCACUGAAGAAUUAUUCAUGUGAGAUAGAAAACCUGAUAUGGUUAAUCUGUUGUGCUGCAGUGAUAUUAUAAAAUUAUUGCCAUGACUUCUACACAAAGUUUGUAUUCAGUAAGAAGCAUGAGGAAGUCAAACUGUGUGCAUACGUGCAUCAUACAUGUACACAUACAUCCUAAUCUAUGGCCUGCAUCUGAAAACAUAUUCUAAGGUUGUGGCUUGUCUAAACUCCAGGCAGGGUGGUCAUUAUUUCUGCUAAAUAUAAAUGAAAGCAGCAGAUGGUUCUAAAGUAGUAAUCUACUACCAUUUGCUCAAGCGUAUAUAAGCAUGCAAAGAAAUUUACGGAGUAAGCUUGUCACUUGCUUGCACACUAUCUCUCUGUGUGUGUUUGUGUGUGUAAUUGCAUGCAGCGAUAUAUUGUAAGUCUUGUUGAAAAGAAGAAGAUACACUGAAAAUUUCCUAACAUGGUUAACCUAUCCAUCUUCAUGAAAUCAGCGGGAUUUGCAUUCACACAAACGUGCAGAAUUUCUGUGCAGCACGAAGAAACUACUGGGAAAAAAACUUCAAUUUAGGCCCUUUGUACACCAUACUCUUCUUACCCAGAAGCAUUAUUUAAAGUGUAGUGUAGUCUGACAUUUUUCUAUCCAGUUACCAUGCACAAAGCUAAAUACAGCAGAUGUGUUACUUUGAUCCUUCCAUGAUUGAUUUCAAACAACAUUUAACUGUGUUUAAUUCAGACUUAAUUGAAAGGAUGAUAGAAUUUGUUGGCAUGGAAGGGAUCUUUGGGAGGGCAUAUAAUGUCCUUUAAACUACUGGGACUUCAAAGCAGUAAUAUAUACAUGGGUCAUAGUAUAUCCCUCCCCUUCACUAUCUAUCUAUAGUCUCUGGUGCUUUUUAAAAAGUAAAUAUGUACUUGGCACAAUUAACUACUGCUUUUGCAAAGUGCCACUGAAUCUUUACUUCAGUAGCCUUGAGGUAGCUGUGGUUUAGCAGUCUAGCAAUUUGGAUGCAAUGAGAUGUCUGUAGCACUUAAGUGUGAAGGCGCUUAAAGAUGUACAGUAGUCUACAUGGGGAUAAUUAUACGCACAGAGGGGAUGUGAAGAUGUAGACACUGUUCAGCAGUGCUCAUUGACUGGUGCAGAUACUCAUGACAGCUUUUCUCACCCUCCCAGCACUGAUUCCAUUACUAUUGCUGUGUGCGGACUCCUUGAGGUGAGAUUUUACGUUGAAGCAUUUGAUUUAGCGAGACUGCAUGUGUAUAUAAAGAAAGAGAGCUAGCGAGAAUGCAGACCCGAACUUACACUUGCAAUAAUGUAGAGCUUAAGCAAUAAGCAUUUACUUUGUUUCCAGAAGGCUCUCUUCUUAAAGCAUCUUUAAUGAAACAAAUUUCUUUUCAUAAAAAGACGCUAAUAAUAUCAUGAACUUGCCUUGUUUAUUUCUUAUUUUACUGAAAUAACUGAACUGUAACUGGCAUGCCCAAGUUCAAGAAUGCAGUUGAAAUUCCAGGCCCAGGUCUACUGGAGGUGACAUUUUGAGUCCCACGGGAGAAGGCCAACUGCCUUUCAUGGAUGCAUAAAUUAUACUACAACGGCUGUGGUCUUCUAAGCAGCAGCAGCAGCAAAGACAUAUGCUUGCAAGGUGUCUGGUGUAAAGAUAGCAAUAGUUAAUUCAGUGAGUGGGCAGUGGGAGGUAGCAUAAAAUGAUAUGGACAAGCAAAAGGAUAGCGGAAAGUAUGUGAAUAAGAAAAGCUUAGCAGAUGCAAAGGCAGCGCACAAAAGAAGACAGUAGCCCAAAGGACAUUCACAGCUAACUAUAGUGUCCUUAAGAAAAAUUUUGUAUUUUAUAAUCACAAUUUAAUAAGCUAUUAUGCCACAUCCCAAUACAUAGCCUUGGUUAUACUUAGCUGUCCAGGCUAUUAAGUGUAAAGCUUAACAAAGGUGUGUGUUCGACAAGACUUUCAAGCAUAUGCGCCAGAACAGCUUUUGAAUAUAUAACUGAAUGCAAAAAACCAGGAUGUGUUAUGUAUAUUCUAUAUGUAUGGGAUCUGUUUCAGAAUGCUUAUGGAAAGACACUCUGGAUAUCAUUACAUGUUAGUGAUACAGAAAUUAAAUACAUCAGUUAUACACAAGUGAUUUCUCUUAUUAAUUUUUUUCAAGAAGGUCUGCUAGGCUUUAAAUUAUUAAAAAUAUGCCCCCCUCUUUUUUUUCCUUGCAAGUGAAUCUGCAGAAUACUUGGGCAGGAUGCUUUAAUUCUUUGCUCACAACCAAAAUUUACAUGUUAAUUAGAGUCUACUUUUAGCAAUAUAUGCAGCAUAAUGCUAGUGGCAAUUAAGCCUUUACUACCUUCUUUACUGGUGAGAGCUCUAGUUUUGCAGUAUGGAUUCCAGAUUUCUAAAUCUUGUAUGCACUUUUCUCCAUGUAUAAGAAGCAGAGCUGUACAUGCGUCAAAUAUAUGGCAUGCUAGAAGUUGCUCAGUAAAACAAAGAGAUGCAAACAUGUCCAUUGAACUUACAUUUAUUUGUCUUCUGUAUGUCAUCUUACUUUGGUGAAAGCCAUCAAAUAGAUUUGGAGACAGCUGUUAUAUUCCCAUUUGUGAAUGGCAUUAAUGCAUUCUGAGGGUGAGCACUGAUUUGUUUUGAUCUAGAAGAUUAUGCCAUUUGCAUCAUGGAGUGCUUCACUCAAGGAAAUUUUUUUACAAGCAGUAAAGCUGAAUUAGUGGGAAAAACUAUUUUCCUUGAUUGUAAUUAUUUCAUCACCUUGUAUAGAAAGUAUUAGAAAAGAAGCAACCCUUUCUCUGAAAAUCAGUGAUAAUUAUGACAUCUUCUAUACCAUGUUAAAUUAACAAAGAAUGUUUAUAGGACAAAGUUAUGCCCCAGCUUUUUGUGUGAAUCCUUGUAAAAUGUUUCAUUUUCAUCUAGAGCCUAGUUUCCAUUUAUUUGCAUUAAAUAGGUUUGUUCAGUGAAGGAGGUCAGCAGCUUUGACAUCCUGUAGCCAGGAGUGGGGAAUUAGGGGGGUGGAUAAUUUUGAAGGCAGGGAUGCAAAUCAUACAAUGUAUUUGCAUCUAUAUGAUGCAAAUCCUAGUGGGUUUUGUGCUCUUUGCAUCCAUGUAGUAUAAGCACACAAAGUUAAAGCACAGCAUUAAGAUUUAAGUAGAUAACUGCCUUUUCCAAGACAUGUUUGUUUAGAAUGAUAUCCUCUGACUUCAGUGGGACUUGUGGCCAAGUUAUUGUAUAUAGCAUUGAAGCCUUAGCACUGCUGAAGAGCCUAAUCUGCUGGGAUAUCCCACUGGAUUACUUGGAAGUAAAUUUCCUUGAAAUCAAUGGGACUUGAAUUCAAGUAAAGACUGUUAAGACAUAUUGAAUAUAUUGAUCAAUAAGCAUCUAUUCUUAUUCUUUCAUGGAGAUAGCAAGUAAAAUAUAUCUGUCAAAAUUGACAAGUUUUUAUUUAUUACAUUUCAUUCUGCCCAGUAGCCCAAACUCUCCAUUAAUGCAUGUUCCUCUUUCUGCAGAAAUGCUGUUAGAGUAUUUUCAGACUGUUUAUGGGAAGACAAGCUCCAGAGUUCUUUUCUCUUUAGUUCCCUGGCAUCCUCUUUCACAGAACGAUCCAAUACAAGCACGCUGCUAGUUUUAUAUGUUUACAAAACUCAGCAAUACAAAAGGAACCCGUAUAAAUCACGUCUCUUAGUCUUUAGAAAUGGAAAAUAGAGUUUAGGUGAAUUAGGGAGGGAGGCAGCAAAGAUAUUUCAACGUUUACUCGGAGGUAAGUAUAUUGAGGAUUUGUCAACCGACAAGCUCCUCAACAUUUGCUCCAAUGUAAGCCCCGGUAAGUUAAACGAAGCUCGUACUUGAGUAACCCAACCCCAUGCAUGUUUAUUCAAAAAUAAAAACCUCACUGAGGUCAGCGCGGCUCCUUCCUUCUUGCCAGUAAGUGCGCCUUUGGUGCAGCCCUGUACACACUGCCUGGGGAGUAAUCUCUAUUGAACCCAGAGCAAGCGUCUGAGUAAACAUGCACCGGACAGGGCAGAACAGAUCAGUACCAAAGUACGAAAUGACAUAUACGAAGCAGACAGACAGCCGCCAACAACGCAAUGCAGAAAGAGAACAGCAGCGCAAACUUAUACCUUAUGAUGAAAUCUUCACAAAAAAUAAGUGAGCUUGCUCUCCUUCCUGCCAAACUGAAAGUUAAGAAGCAGAAAGCAUCAGCCACCUAAAGAGUUAACGCUAGCCCCUUAAGAGUUCAGAAGCGGCGCGCCUGUGAAGCCCCCUUUUAAAACGUUGCAUCGUUCAGAUCUGUUGUGUGUUCUCAGUUGUCGCUUUUUUCCCUCCCUCGGUGCCCCUUCCAGUCCCCUCCGCCCGUCUCUCUACCUGCCGAGCUCCGCUCAAUCUGUGCAGCCUCUCUUCUCGCCGGCGCUGAUUGGCCGAUGCUCUACCAAUCCGGUAUGUGUCUGGGCCAGUGGGACUGCAUAUGUAAAGCCCUACUUCAUAUUUAUAAGCUCCAAUCGGGGCUUUAAGUCCUUGAUUAGGAGAGUGUGAGAGCUUUUGGUCCCAACUGGCUGUGCCUAUAGGCUUGUCACCAGGAGAACAUUUGUGUUAAUUGCACUGUGCGGUGUCAAGGAAACUUUGAUUUAUAGCUGGGGUGCACAAAUAAUGGUUGCUGAGCGCACAUGGAUUCGGUAGAACUUUGCCUUCCUGAAUCUUUUUCCUUGCACUACGAAGAAGAGUGAUGUCAGAUGAAAAGUUUAUUAUGGCUGCAAUAUACACCAGAGGAAUUCAUUUUGGCAAGCCUGGUCCAUGUAGGCUUCUCUGCAGAAUGUCAAGCAAGGAUCGACACAUUGAUUCCAGCUGUUCGUCGUAUAUCAAGACGGAACCAUCAAGCCCCGCCUCCUUGACGGAUAGCAUCAAUCACCAUAGCCCUGGUGGCUCCUCUGACGCCAGUGGGAGCUACAGUUCAACCAUGAACGGACAUCAGAAUGGGCUAGAUUCACCACCGCUCUACCCUUCUGCCCCAGGUCUUGGGGGCAAUGGGCCUGUCAGGAAACGAUAUGAUGACUGCUCCAGUACCAUCGCUGAAGAUUCACAGACCAAGUGUGAAUACAUGCUGAACUCAAUGCCCAAAAGACUGUGUUUGGUGUGUGGUGAUAUUGCAUCAGGGUACCACUACGGCGUGGCUUCGUGUGAAGCCUGCAAGGCUUUCUUCAAGAGGACAAUUCAAGGUAACAUAGAAUACAGCUGCCCAGCAACCAAUGAGUGCGAAAUCACAAAGCGUCGACGCAAGUCCUGCCAAGCCUGUCGUUUUAUGAAGUGUCUAAAAGUUGGCAUGCUGAAAGAAGGAGUGCGCCUAGACAGAGUACGUGGAGGUCGUCAGAAGUACAAGCGCAGAAUAGAUGCAGAGAAUAGUCCAUACCUGAAUCCUCAACUAGUUCAGCCAGCCAAAAAGCCAUAUAACAAGAUUGUCUCCCAUUUGCUGGUGGCUGAACCAGAGAAGAUCUAUGCUAUGCCUGAUCCCACUGUGCCGGACAGUGACAUCAAGGCCCUCACUACUCUUUGUGACCUGGCAGACCGAGAACUGGUGGUCAUCAUUGGAUGGGCUAAACAUAUUCCAGGAUUUUCCACUUUAUCGCUUGCCGACCAGAUGAGCCUUCUGCAGAGUGCUUGGAUGGAGAUUUUGAUUCUGGGCGUUGUAUACCGAUCACUUUCCUUUGAGGAUGAGCUUGUCUAUGCUGAAGACUAUAUCAUGGAUGAAGAUCAGUCUAAAUUAGCAGGCCUUCUUGACCUCAAUAAUGCAAUCCUACAACUGGUCAAAAAAUACAAGAGCAUGAAGCUGGAGAAAGAAGAGUUUGUCACCCUCAAAGCUAUCGCACUUGCUAAUUCAGAUUCGAUGCACAUAGAAGAUGUUGAAGCAGUUCAGAAACUCCAAGAUGUCUUACAUGAGGCACUGCAGGAUUAUGAGGCUGGGCAGCAUAUGGAAGAUCCACGCCGGGCUGGCAAGAUGCUCAUGACUCUGCCACUGCUGAGGCAAACCUCCACUAAGGCUGUGCAACAUUUCUACAACAUCAAACUGGAAGGCAAAGUCCCCAUGCACAAACUUUUUUUGGAAAUGCUGGAAGCCAAGGUCUGACUAAAGUAUCCUGGGCCUUCCAGUUCUGCACGCUGAAAUUUUAAUGAAAGGGAAAAUAAACAGGAAAACUAGGACAAAGAAACUUUAGCAGUUAAAUUAAGGAAACUAAAAUGACUGCACUGAUACUUAGCAGCAAGACUGAGAAGCAGCACCUCUUUUUAUUCUGUGUCUUAUCUGAUACAGUUUUCCUUCUUCAUUUCUCUCUUCUUUUACUGUUCUUAUUUCUCUUUUCUUUGUGAUUUUUCCCCCUUUGCUGCUGAAUAUUUUGAAAAGAGGUCUCUAAUAGAAGAGAGAUGGAAGCCAGGCCUGCCAAAGGAUGGAAAUCCGUAAUAUGGAUGCCAGUGAACUUAUUAUGAACCACAAUACCCCAAUGACAAAGGAAUCAAAAGAGAACCACCGUAACUAGCAGUACAGUACAACACGAUGAACUGACUGAAUGCAGUAUUAGGUUUCACAAGAGCAGCCUCUAAUUAGAUGACUUCGAUGACGACGCAUUGGCUGCUUCUUAUCAUUGCAUUUCCAUCUAGAUCAGUUACAGCCAUUUGAUUCCUUAAUUGUUUUUUCAAGUCUUCCAGAUAUUUCUUAGGUUAGCUAUGAUGUAAAUUUUUCAGGGAAUAGUUUGAGCUUUAUUCAUUCAUGCAAUACUAAAGAAGAAAGAUAAAUAAAUACUGCAUUUUUUUGUGCUGGCUUGAACAAUGACGAACAUUUAAUGAAGGACAAAUGAAUCCUGAUGGAAGAUUUUUUUAAGCAAUUGUUUCUGUUCUUCUUACUAAUGAAAAUUUUUUUCUACCAGCUUUACCACUUUUCAGCCAUUUGUUAACGUGGGAAUUUAUCUUACUCGAGCAAUAGUUGAAGGGAAGGUGCAUAUUAUCACGGAUGCAAUUUAUGUUGUGUGCUAGUCUGGUCUAAGACAUGCCGUUUCUUCACAUGAGUUCCAGUUUAUACCUAAGUGUUCACUGAAACAAAGGAUUAGAUUACACCUACAAUAUGUCUGAGUAGUCUAACAUAUUAAGAUGCCAUGUCAAAUAGAAAUCUAAAAAGGAGUUAGUAAGUGCUUCUCCGUGGCCAAGAUACAAUUGCUACAUGAUACCUUGUGUUAAGUAAAGAUACAGCCUGCCAUUUAAAAAAUUGUGGACUAUGUAAUAAAGUCCCACCCACCCCAGUUACCAGUAAGGCAAAUUCAAAUAUCAGAAUAGUCAGCCUCUGACCAAAUUCAAGAACUUAGCACUUGUACACAUUAUUUAUUAAUUUAGAAAAACUUUAUUUGGAGUAGAUUGCCAUUUUUAAACAAACAGCCUUUUCAACUGGUGUUGUCACAGCAUGAAAGUUGGUCAGUUUCAGGACUGUUAAGAGGUGUAAUCUAAUGUAUAAACCAAUUAGAUGCCCCCAGAAAACUACAGUCGCUAAAUAACCAAUAAACAGUAACCUCCAUCAAACGCUAUACCAAUGUACCAGUGUUAGUAGCUGCUCCCUGUACUAUGUGAACAACCUUAUUGUAUGUACACAAAUGUAAUUAAAAUUGUAAUCCUAACAAACAAAAGAAAUGUAGUUCAGCUUUUCAAUGUUUCAUGUUUGCUGUGCUUUUUGGAAUUUUUUAUGUUGCAUUCAAAGACUGUUGUCUUGUUCUUCUUGUGGUGUUUGGAUUCUUGUGGUGUGUGCUUAUAGACACAGGGUAGAAUUAGAGACAAUAUUGGAUGUAAAAUUCCUCAGGAGACUACAGUAGUAUAUUCUAUUCCUUCUGGUAAUAAGGUUCUUCCUAGUAAUAAUUAAGAAAUUGAAAAGAAAAAUCCAACCAAGUACUCAUUAUGAACAGAUACACAUUGAAAUCAUAUUUUCAAAACAAGGGAUAAUUUCUGUAACAGUUUAUUAUAGAAUACCUAUGUAUAGCUUAGAAAUAAAACUUUGAAUAUUUCAAGAUUAUAGAUACGUCUAAUUUUUAAAUGCUGUAAAUAUAGCUUUCAUCCAAUCAUCUCAGAUGUUGUUAUUAACUUGCUCAGUGUUGUUGCAAAACCAUUUUUUUAAUGCAGACACGUUUCCAAAAUUAAUGCUAAUUGUGUGCUUUAAGCGAAAUACAGCAGGUUGAUGUUACAUCAACCUUGUGCUAGAAUACUGUGUAUCUCUCAUUAGCUAUAUGGGAUUCUCUCGUAGAUUGUGUUUUUCUCAGUAGAGAAGUGACUGUCGUGUGAUCCUAGAUAAAUCAUCAUUAGCAAUUCAUUCAGUUGGCCAAUAACUUGAAAUUAAUAGUGUGAUAGGAGUUUGGAAAUUGGCAUGUCCCUUUUGAAAAAUGACAAAACCUUACAACUCCUGGGGGGAAAUGGUGCUGAUUCUAUAAAAUUAUUUAUAUAUGUAAGAGUGCAGAAUAAUUAUUUUCCAGAAAAUUUGUGCAGGGUUUAAGUUGCUAGUGUUAACUAUACUAUAUAUGUAUAUAUAAAUAUCUAAUAUAAAUAUUGUUUUUGCUGUAUCACAUUGAAGAACUUGGGUUUCCAGGGUCAAUAGCCAAUCAACACACUCAGAAAAGAAAAAUACAAAGAUUUAAGAAAGAUGGAAUGUGUAAAAGGAACACAGUGCAAUUUUUACUGUUGGAUUUCAGUAAUUUUCAGAGCUGCAAUGAACAAAUAUCUCAUGGCUGUACAAAUGUUAACUGAAACAUAGAUACACUGCACAGGCAUUAGAAUAACAUUCAUCUUAAACCUUGCUGAAAGAAAUUUUCACAACCACUUAUUUAAUGUGAAGUAUUGGGGAAGAUUUCAAAAGGUGUAUGUUUUAGCAUAACAAUUUUCUUAGGGGAAUAAAAUCCAUGCAGAACUUCUCCUGCACAUGCCAUUGACAUAAAAGGUACAGUGUUAAGACCUCUGUAUUUUUGUUUGGUUCCCCCAUUCAGUCCAAUGUGCAGAAGACUCUUCUCAUGGAUUGUACCCUGUGCAAUUUUUUUCCUUCUCUUUUUUUUUUCCCUUUCUUCUUAUUUAAAGCAAUAUGAUUGUGUGACUCCUGGAAGUUACACAUUUGUUUCAAUCAAAUCAGAUUGUUGUAUUUAUUCCACUAUUUUGCAUUUAAAUGCUAACAUAAAAAGAUAUAAAAAAUUAAAACUGCUAUUUUUCUUAUGGAAGAGAAAAUGGGUGUUGGUAAUUGUAUUUUAAUUAUUUAAGCGUCUCUGUUUACCUGCCUAGGAAAACACUUUAUGGCAGUCUUAUUGUGCAAAGAUCGCAAAAGAGAGGGAAAACUGAAUUAAGCUGCUUAUUAUAAUCCAGGAGUUGCAUAAUAACCAGUAGUAAAAACACAAAUGAAAAAAAAUCAUGUCUAUAGCUGUAGAUGGGCUUCACAUCUGUAAAGCAAUCAACUGUAUAUUUUUGUGAUGUGUAUCAUACUGUGUGCUCCAACCAAUGUCCAUUUGUGUAAAUGUAUUUAUUUUAUAUUGUAUAUAUUGUUAAAUGCAAAAAGGAGAUAUGGUUCUGUAACUCCAAUCAGUUCAGAUGUGUAACUCAAAUUAUUAUGCCUUUCAGGAUGAUGGUAGAGCAAUAUUAAACAAGCUUCCACUUUUAA